AUGCUAGCCAUUUCUUCUUCUCCUUUAUUUUCUACUACUAAUGAUAAUUUUGGGUGGCUUUUGGAGGAUCUUAUAAGCCAUGAAUCAACAAAUAGUGGAGAAACUUCAAAUUCAUCUCAAAAAAGGCUUCAACAAUGUGAUUCAAAUAAUAUUUUUGAUCAGAUUAUUAUCAACGGUGGUGAUCAUCAUCAAUCUGAUCAGACGGUGAAGAAGAACGCAAGUGAACGUGAUCGUAGAAAGAAAAUCAACGGCUUAUAUUCUUCUCUUCGUUCUUUGCUUCCUGCUUCUGAUUUCAUACACACUAAAAAGUUGAGCAUUCCAUCAACAAUUGCAAGAAUUCUAAAGUACAUACCAGAGUUAGUGGAAAGAUUGAUUCAAAAGAAAGAAGAAUUUAUAUCAACAACUAUUUACAGUAGAGAAAAUUCAGUUGAUUUAAACAAGCAAAAAAGAAGAGGAGGAAUUGAGAAUUCUUCAUUAGUAAUUUCACCAAGUAAAUUAGGUGAUAAAGAAAUAGUGGUUCAAAUAUCAACUUUGAAGAACAAUAAAUGUUCCAUUGGUGAGGCUAUUUCAGUAUUAGAAGAUGAAGGAAUUGUUCUUCUAAAUGCAACUUCUUUUGGAACUUUUGAAGAUAGGGUAUUCUAUACCUUGCAUAUUCAGGUUAAAGGAACAACGGUAGUUGAGGUUGGCAUGUUACGAGACAAGCUCUCAUCUUAUUUUGAGAAUGAAGAAAACCUAUUAUUACAAUGA